UGCGCCACCCGUCCAGCUUGUCCUCCAUAGGCCCCAGACGACGUCUCGAAGCUUGUCAGGAGCCUCAUGCAUGACUCAUUAUUGCACAUUCUAGAAGACAUCGCUAGCGUUCAUCAGGCAGAUAUAACUGCUCGCCACUGUCGUUUUGUGUGUCGCCUGCUCACACCACACCACACCUUUCUUUGUCUUCCAAGUUCCGCAGGCUGUACAAUUACUAAAGCCUGCAAUCUCACUUCUUUGUCAGCAAGUUCUCCCAAGAGAGCGCCGAGCAGUAAUCAUAGCUUCAACAUUGGGGAAAGGCACGACCACAUUUGAAUCACACACCAUGUCCACUGCCACAGCAGGCCAGCCCGUGGCGCCGGCUCUAAAUGACGCCGCGGAUGCCUCGCAAAGACGACGUCGCCCACGAAAUCGGAAUCGAGCCGCAAAUGGCCAAAACGAGCAGCAAGAGGAGGGGCAAGCGCAGGGACAAGCGCAGGGAGAGCAGUCACAGAGAGGCGGUCGAAGCGGACGGGGGCGUGGAAGGGGUCGAGGAGGCCACAGUGACCCUGCAAGACCUGCAGGGCCUGAGCCAUCAGCCGCACCACAGACAGUUCCUACAGAGGAGCCUACGCAUCGAGGUGGUAGAGGUGGACGAGGUCGAGGGAGGGGGCGGGGAGACUUCCAGAACACCAGGUUUCCGCAGAGAUUUGCUGCUGGUGGGCGUCAGUUUGGUGGACACUUGACAGUUGAAGAAGAUGCGGCGUCAAACACCUCUGCUCAAGAUUCGACAGGACUACAAGCAGACGCCCAUACCUUCCAACCAGGCCAACCCAUCAUCCCCCGCAAAUCACGACCGCCUCGCGAGAAGAAACCUCAAGCCCCGAAAUCAACCGCGGCUGAUAUCGCAACAAGAACGCACGAAGACAUCGACAACGGCCACUACGAGUGUGCGAUCUGCACAGAGGAGGUUCGGCGCCAUUCACGAGGCUGGUCCUGCAGAACGUGCUGGACAGUCUUCCACCUGAGCUGCAUCAAAAAGUGGUCGACCAACGAGGGAUCAGCGGCUGCUCGACAGCAGGCCCAGGACGGCGAGAUGCCACCACCUCGACAGUGGCGUUGUCCUGGGUGCAACCUGCCAAAAGACGUCUUACCCAAGACGUUCAACUGCUGGUGUGAGAAAGAACAGGAUCCAAAGCCACUGCCAGGGCUCCCACCUUAUUCGUGCGGUCAGACGUGCGCUCGUCCUCGCCUUCUACCGAAGAAAUGCCCUCACCGGUGCCCGUCGACCUGUCAUGCGGGUCCAUGUCCGCCUUGCAGCAUGAUGGGCCCUACCCAGAACUGUUUCUGUUCCAAGAAGUCCAUCACCCGACGUUGCGUGGAUACCGACUACGAACAUGGGUGGAGCUGUGGCGAAGUCUGCGGUGAACUGAUGCCAUGUGGAGAGCAUCGCUGUCCGCGACCAUGCCACGAAGGACCCUGUGGAACCUGCGAAGUGCGCGUUCCGGCUCGAUGCUACUGUGGCCAGACACAGAAGGAUAUACUUUGCCGCGAUCGAGCUGAAGAGAAGCACAGCCGUCAAUCCCAUGUUGCUGAAGACGGCACAGCGACGGUCGAGCAGUGGACAGGCGUUUUUGAAUGCCCCAACCCAUGCGGUCGUUUGUUUGACUGCCGUAAGCACGCUUGUGAGAAGUCGUGUCAUCAGCAGAAUGCCGAAUCGCCCCAUUGUCCGCGGUCUCCCGACAUUGUCACCCACUGUCCAUGCGGCAAGACACCUCUUAGCCAAAUCACAAGCGUCGUUCGCCAAAAGUGUGAAGAUCCCAUACCAAACUGCACCAAGGCUUGUGCGAACACUCUUGCCUGUGGUCACCAGUGCGAGCAGCCAUGCCACCAAGGAGAAUGUCUAGCCUGUUUGAAACGAGUGACCAUCUCCUGCAGGUGUGGACGUACCACCUCGAAUACCGUUUGCCAUCAAGGAACUGAGGAGGCCCCACAAUGUAUGCGCGUUUGCCGAGUUUCUCUUAACUGUGGACGACACGAGUGUGGCGAACAUUGUUGCCCAGGUGAGCGAAAGGCCGCCGAACGACAAGCAAACCGACGCAAACCAAGACCUCUCGAUUCUGCCCCCCAACGAGCUGGUGAUAACUUCGAGGCUGAGCAUAUCUGCACCCGCAGCUGUGGCCGCCAGCUCAAAUGUGGUAACCCUGAGCACCGUUGUCAAGAGCUCUGCCAUAAAGGACCAUGUGGGACAUGUCGAGAUGCUAUAUUUGACGAACUUAGCUGUAAUUGUGGACGAACAGUUCUACAGCCUCCGUUACCUUGCGGUACCAAGCCUCCACCCUGUCGAUUUCCGUGUGAGCGACCCAAGGAUUGUGGACAUCCGCAAAUGCCACACACAUGCCAUGGCGACAAUGAAGAUUGCCCCAAAUGCCCAUACCUGACGACAAAGCCUUGUUUGUGUGGCAAGAAUGUCCUCAAGAAUCAACCGUGUUGGCUCAACGACGUCCGUUGUGGACAAGUUUGCGGACGGACACUCAAGUGCGGUGCUCACAAAUGCCAGAAGCAAUGUCAUCGAUCUGGAGAAUGCGAAGAGCCUUGCAAGCAACCUUGCGGCAAAGAACUUAGUACUUGUGGCCAUUCUUGCAUGGCUCCUUGCCAUUUCCCUUCAGCUUGCAAGGAGGAAAAGCCAUGUCAGCACAAGAUUUUCGUCACGUGUGAAUGCCAGAGGAUCAAACAAGAGGCAAAAUGUAAUGCUUCAAAGCUGGGAGAAGGAAACAACAAGAAGACGUUGAAAUGUGACGAAGAGUGUGCCCGUCUUGAGCGAAACCGUAAGCUGGCAUUAGCACUCAACGUUGAUCCAGAGCACCAGGACGAGCAUAUUCCAUACUCGGCUGCUACUUUGAACAUGUACCAGGAGAAUUCAACCUGGGCAGCCGCACAAGAGAAGCAACUUCGGCUCUUUGCCGCCGAUGCAGAACUCAAGCGACUCAGGUUCAAGCCAAUGCCUAGACAGCAGCGGAAGUUCAUUCAUCACCUUGCAGAAGAUUUCGGAUUUGACUCGGAGAGCAUGGAUCCAGAGCCUCAUCGACACGUUGCAAUCUUCAAGACGCCCAAGUUCGUCAUGGCGCCGAUGAAAACACUGGCGGAAUGCGCCAGAACUCGCCAAGUACACCGUGCUGCACCUGCACCGACGACAACCAAUGCUCCUCUCCGUCCGAAACCGAGUAACACAAGCGGUGACCCAUACAAUGCAUUUCUCAUCAUGAACCCACGGUUCGCUCUUACCGUUGAGGAAGUCGCCGCGGUUAUCAAGAACGUACUUCCGAAGACAACUUUUCGAUUAGAGUUGGAGGUUAGCUUUCUCCCAAGCGAAGCGGUCGCAUUGAAAGCACCUCUAGCGGCUCGCGUCAAUAUCCAGGAGCGCGAGAUGGAGACGAUGCUGGAGUCCAUCAAGACACCCUUAUCAGAAGCCAUCGAGUCUCAGAAGAUUGGAAAACUCCAGCUGGCUCGUCUCGAUUCAUCGCUUAAUGUACUUCGGAAGGAGUCUGACAUUGGUCCUGGGUCUGGCUGGAGCCAGGUUGCAGCCGCCAAGGGAGCUCCAGUCCGUAGAGUGGAGAGAGGAACGACAUUCGGCAACAAAGGCGGCUUUGCUGUGCUCAGUCUGAGCAGCACAAAGAAGAAGAAGAAGCCUGUCGAAGUAGUGGAGGAUUGGGAAGCAGCCGAAGAAGAGGAAGAACAGAAGGAGAAACUGAGCGGUGCCAACAGUGGCGUAACUAGUGAGGACGAGGGUUUACUUUCCCGACCUCGUAGUACGGUUGCUGUGGAGGGCUCUUCUGAUGAAGCUCCUGUCACUACUGAACGGAUCCAGGGGCGCUGGGCAGAUUUGGAGGACGAGUGAUCCUGUAUGCUGCUCAAUUGUUAGUUGCGCAGGUAGCUUAGGCUUAUGCUUUGCUCGGUUUCCUGAUGUCCUCAGAUUAUGGGAUAAUACAAUAGCUUGCAUCCUACUGGUUAUGUCCCAUUACCUU